AUCUGUAUAUGUCUGUAUAAAUAUAAAGCCACAAGUUGGUCAUUAUCCAGUUGAUGACUACUGGAGUUGUCGGCAGUUGAUCAGUGGCGAGCUUGUCCCUAAUGAUUUAUGAUAUACCCCAGUCAUUGACCAAGCUUCCCUAAAUGUGCAGAUAUGUGUGGGGAUUUUCUUCUCCAGGCUGGUGGUCUGCUGUAUGUGGCUAUCUUAUAGUGAAAGUACUUUAUUAUAGUAGAGAGUUAAAAACCACCAGGCAAGUUGGGUGCAACCUGCAUGCAAAUUCUAUCUCAGCCUCUCACAAGACCUAAAUUUCCUAAUCUGUAGAGUAGUACCUACCUUACUGAUUUAUGAGGAUGGCAUUAAAUCAUCCAUGUGAAAAAUACUCAGCAUACCUGGUAAGUAACACAGGCUCAGUGAACCAAAUCUCCUGUUUUAGAAGCUGAAAAUAUUUCCGAUUUUUGCUGCGUUACGUGAGAUGAUAAUGUGUAAAGUACUGGGGAAGUUGCCCGGCACGUGGCCCUCCGUGAGGUUAGUGUUGGUGACGGUUAGUAGAAAGCACUGCACAUGUACUGCCUUCCCGAGCGUAAGCUCCUAGGAGAGAAUUGCUGAGCGCAGGGACAUGUUUCACAGCCUGCUGUGAGCCACAGUGGUCGUUCCCAAGCACAGGUCUGAUGACGACACGCACCUGCUGAAGUCCUUCAGUGACCUCCGCGCUGUGGGACAGGGGCCUUGCUCCUUGACGCGAUGGGCUCUGCCUGCUUCUCUGGCCUCCUGCCCCCAGCACUGCCCACAGCCUGGACUGCACCUCUCUCAACAGAUGCUGGUUAUUUGUUCUUUCUGUCUAAAGACUUGCUUCCUUAUUUGUGAAAGCCUGGAGCUUCUCCCUGCCUAGAAUGCACCCUCUCUCCCAAAUCACGACUUCCCUUAGAUCCCACGUCUGCCAAGUGAGUGCAGUGUUCCUCCCGCUCUGCAGGCCGGGUUAGGCCGGGUUAGGACUCUGCCCUUUUCUACCAAGCGAGCGCACAGGAGGGAAUGGCUGCUGCGCCUGUAACUGCCAGAUGCCAGGGGUCAGUGACGUUUGACGACGUGGCCGUGGUUUUCACUGACGAAGAGUGGCGGCAUCUGAUUCCGGUUCAGAGGGACCUCUACAAGGAGGUGAUGCUGGAGAACUACAAGAGCAUUGUCUCUCUGGGACUUCCAGUUCCGCAGCCCGAUGUGAUUUUUCAGUUGAAGAGAAGAGACGAGACCUGGAUAGCAGAUCUUCAUGGCCCUGAGCAAAGAGAAUGGCCAGAGAGCAUCUCUCUAGACUGGGAGACUAAGCCUGAGAUCCAAGGAGCGUGGAGGGAAAGGUGCGGGAGACAGAGCCCUCUGCGUCCUAAGUUUGACGUUCGCGCACCAGAGGCUGGCUUGGAAACAGAGAAGAGAAGUGCGGCGGCUGCGAACUGCAAGAAGCCCCUCUCCCGGGAGAAAAGCUUGGGGCACGGGUCAGCCCCACACAAAAGAGUGGCCACUAAAGAGAGAGAUCAGGCGUGCAGGGACUGCGGGAAGACCUUCUUUGACCACUCGUCGCUGACCCGCCAUCAGCGGACUCACACUGGAGAGAAGCCCUACGACUGCCCCGAGUGCGGGAAGGCCUUCAGCCACAGGAGCAGCCUCAGCAGGCACCUCAUGUCCCACACCGGCGAGAGCCCCUACGAGUGCAGCGCCUGCGGGAAGGCCUUCUUUGACCGCUCAUCCCUGACCGUGCAUCAGCGAAUUCACACGGGCGAGAAGCCCUUCAAGUGCAGCGAGUGUGGGAAGGCCUUCUUCGACCGCUCAUCCCUCACGCGCCACCAGAGGAUCCACACCGGAGAAAGCCCCUACGAAUGCCACGAGUGUGGGAAAGCCUUCAGCCAGAAGAGCAUUCUCACCCGCCACCAGCUCAUCCACACCGGCAGGAAGCCCCACCAGUGCCCCGAGUGCGGGAAAGCCUUCUACGGCGUCUCGUCGCUGAACAGACACCAGAAGGCGCACGCCGGGGAGCCGCGCUACCAGUGCAGCGAGUGUGCCAAAGCUUUCUUCGACCGCUCUUCCCUUACGCAGCACCAGAAGAUCCACACCGGGGACAAGCCGUACGAAUGCAGCGAGUGUGGCAAAGCCUUCAGCCAGAGGUGCCGGCUCACGCGGCAUCAGAGAGUUCACACAGGAGAGAAGCCCUUUGAAUGCAGUGUGUGUGGGAAGGUUUUCAGCUCAAAGUCCUCCGUGAUUCAGCAUCAGCGGCGUUACGCCAAGCAGGGCAUAGACUGAGUCAGACAGAGGACCUCCACGACAAUUCAGCUCUUCCCCAUCUUCAACAGGACGUCGGAGCGCAUUCGAGCCGUUCUGGCUGCUGGGCUCCCGUCCUGCCUCCGCUUCACAGUUCUGAAUAAACACUCUAGUCUGCUGUGUUACAGAGCUGACGUAGGCUGCCAGAAGGUAGGAAACUAAAGAUUGGAAGUUUUGGACGGGUUUGUCUGACCGUAGGAUAGAUGUUAGGAGGAGAGCCUCAGACACACUGUGGGUCCGAGAACCCAGGUCCCAGGUAUCACACAGCACUUUACACAGCUGACGGCUGCAGCAGGAGAGGGGAGGCAGAAUGACAUCAGAGCAGCGCUGUUUGCUUUGUUUUCUCAGAACAGCUGUUUUUAUAGCUGUUAGUUCCUCUCUCCCGGAGCUUUUCUGGGCACUGUCCCAGCGUUUAGAUCUCCCGUACUACUACUAAUAGCUAGCACUUGCUGAGCACUGACCGUGGGAUCAACACUCAGCUGAGUCCUACGAGGAACAGAUCGAUUCCCUCACCCGUGCUGUGAAGGGAGUACUGUUACUCUGGUCUUACAGACGAGCACACUGAAGUUAGCGAGAUUACAUACCUUGCCCAAGGUGACACUGCUAGAAGGUAGAGCCAGGUCUGGAAUACAGUUCUACCUUCAAAAUAUAUUCUCUACCGUUAUGCCGCAACGUUUGCUCAUUUCAUAAUUUAUGUACAUGUAUUCUCUCCUCAACUAGAUUGUAAGCACUUGGAGGUGUGACUUACAGGUCUUUGUAUCGCACACAGUGCCUUGCAAAUAAUAGGUGCUCAAUAAAUAUUUAUCUGAA